CGGCACCUCGAACCUCGCACCGUCGGUAGUGUACACGACGAAGUGACCCUUGCCAGCCACAGGCAAGCACGACGUGCCACACGGCCCUCCGGUUUCCUCCCCUGAUGUUGAUGAGAUGGUAAUCAGGAGCAGCAGACACCGAAAUGCUGGCCAACUCCCAUUAAUGUUGGGCCACAUGAUAGUGGCAUGACAUCGCCAUGGUGUUGAGGAACGCGGCCUCCAUGUCUGCGGAGGCGCUUCUCCUGAGCAAGCACAUGGCAUACUCCAUCACCGAUGCGUCGCAGGGAAGCGUGAUUCUGUCACUGUCAACUCCUGCGAAGCCGAACUCCUCCUGGGACAUCCUCAAGAGCUCGCCGAAGACGGUCAUUCCAAGGAACACAAUGGGCACCAUCGGCAGCGUACACGACGCAUUAGCCAUUGCCAGCCACUGACGAGCACGAUGUGCCGCACGGCCUUCUAGCUUCUUCUGUGGACAUUGAUGGCGACCAGGUGAGCCUCUUCCUCCCGAUAGCCGCCACCCUCUCUGCCACUUUUUGGCCAGCCGAGCGAGUGUCGUGGCACUCAUUAUGGUAGUUUCUUGUGUUUCUGGAACUGGAGAAAUUCUUCUGCUAGUUGGAGGUUGGAAUGCCUUUGUCUGUGGAUGAAGUGGUGGUGUUUGGUGGUCACUAGCCAUGGAUUUAUAGCUCAAGAGAGAAGGAGUACCCACAUAUGGUGUAGUGUGUGAUGGUUUGGCAGGAGACAAUGCCAUGUGUAUGGUACGUGUGGUGCUGCGAAUUUUGGAGGUGCCGUGAUGUGAUCUAGAUCAGGUCUGCUGGGGCCAAGUGUUUGCCACUUGCCGGAGCUUGCGCUGGACGUCUCGUCUGCACAGCCAUGGUGAUCGGCUUGCUAGGGAAAUGGAAGGCACGAGGACUCCAUGGGGCUCUCUAGUCACAAGCACAUUUCAGACAUGGAUGGUUGCAUGGUGCUUGAAAAUCUAAUCAAAGCCAUUCAUCACAUUUUCUGCAGCUACUUCCACCAACAUUGCACAGAGAGCACUUGUGGCAUUGUCCCCUGAGCAACGCUCUCGCUGAUAGUUACACACAACCUACACACAUGCACUGCCCUGAGCCCUCUCUUCGUUGUUCGUUCUACUAUAAAUCCAUGGCCUUCUCAACACAAGCUUCUUCAUCUCAUCUGGAAGCAACAUCACAGUCUACAACACACACCUUCAGACUUUCAGAGCCAAAGUGAAAUUUAGCCAGCCGGGAACACAUCAGACUCAACCAUGAUCCAUCCAAAGAAGCUUGCUCAGCUGGCCAAGAAGUGCCAGCGGAUGUUGGUGGCCGGAGCCGGUGCCCGCCGCCAGCAGGCUUCAGACACGGCUGAUGAUGAAUGCUGCAGCACAACAUCAUCUGUGGUCGCUGAUGAGGGCCACUGCAUGGUGUACGCCGCCAACGGAGCACGGUUCGAGGUCCCUCUUGCGUACCUCGGGCCGACGGUCUUCGCCGAGCUUCUGAGGAUGUCAGAGGAGGAGUUUGGCUUUGCAAGCGGCAGCGAGGGAGGCAGGAUCAUGCUGCCCUGCGACUCCACGGUGAUGGAGUAUGUCUUGUGCCUUGUCAGGAGAGAGGCCUCUGAGGAGGUCGAGAAGGCAUUCUUGAGCUCCAUUUCUGGGCACUGCCACAACUACAAUUGCUAGCUGCAUGGCUCCAUCAGUGGGAAUCAGCCAUCAAUUUGCUCUUUGUACUUAGCUACUAGCUUAGCUUCUGGAAUAGUUUCUUGGUUAGGACCGAGAGAGGAGCUCUAUACAGUUUUAUGUAAGAUCGAUUAUCACAGGAAAUGAUACAAAAGGGUCUCAACUUUCUGGGAGAAAUUGGAUUAUUUGACACAUCCUUUAUAAUAGUUCAUAUAGAGUACUGAAGAAAGUAGAAGGAAACCACGAGUUUUCAUGGUCGUGGUUUGCAGGGUCAGGAGGCAGCAGCUAAAAGCAGAGGACAGAAAUGGCCAGACGGUGGCUGAAUUGGGUGACAGUGCAGCGGAGGGUAUGGAGAUGGGGAGGUUUAGAUGAACAAUCACCAAUUUGCUGUUCCUACCUUUAACCAGAACCAUGGGACUGAGAUUGCGUGUCCUAGAUGGAGGCGGGUUGAGUACUGUGCUGGUUAGAGGCUUAGAGCCUUAGAGCUAGGAAUUGCGGUUUGCUGCCUAGGAAAUGGACGUGCCGCCGGAAGUGUUCAAUUCUAGAUCUGUCCUCCUCGGCUCGCCACACUCCGGUGAGAAUCCUAGACCAGAAUAAGCCCUCUAGUUGGUAAGAGUAGGGAGCAAAGCAAGCAAAUCUCUGAACAAAUUAGGAUACCCUCUUUACAUGCUUGAUGCUUUUGUUCUUCUGUUCUGUACACAUUGCCCAGAAAUUAAGUGAGCCUUGUAGUUGAACAUCAUUACUGUUGUAUGCAAAACAAAUUGACAAAAUUAUGACUGUAAAUUCUGGGUUGCUAGGUUUCUGCUAAAUCAUUUUCUAUAAGAACAGGUUACUGCUAGAUUGAUUACAGCCUUGCAAGAUUGAGAAGACUUUACAUAGCAUUUUUUCAAGUGUCAACAGAAAGAAUGCCGAAGACUCCAAUUGAAAUAUGAAGAGAUUGCCCAGUUUACGUUGUCCUUCUAUCUAUGUGACACUAAUUUACAUUCAAGCGCUAAUCUGAAUAGAAUCAGGAGUCGUAAUAGCCAUUUGUUGGUUAACACCCAGAGAUGGUGACACACACUUUUAUAAGACACACCUCUCUGAACAUUGUCAUAACUUGGUCUUGUUGACAGCCUACCUUAUUUGUAGCAUUGCAUGUCGAAGCCAUCCCUUUGCUCCUUCUCCGCACUUUCCUUUGGGCCUUCAGCUAGCUGCAUGUGUGAACUGAAUAACAGGCAUCGACUAUAUAUCUUGCACCGACACUACCUUCUGUAAAAUUUGUGGUUAGUAUAUUCAAUUUUUCAGUAACAGUUAACCAUCACUUGCUUUUACCCCAAUAAUAAAAAUCUCCCUUAUACCCAUUAAAACAUGUGGAGUAAACCCUGCUUUCUAUUCCAUUUUCGUGUUUGUUAUCAUACUUCAUUUCUGAUUGGAUUGAUGGCAUUGCAAUAAUUCCCCAUAGGAUUCAUCAUUAGAAUGGCCCCUGUAUCACCUGGUCAUUUCACUAAUUCAUAACUUUUUGAUAUUUUCAAUGUUCUGGCUUAUAUUGAGUAGAUUGUAUGGGAA